AUGGGGAUGCUAACAUUCAACCGGUUUCUCAGUCGAUCAUACCCCAACACCCGGGACGGUCCUACUAUAUUUGCCUUCCAGCAGCAAUUUUUGACGGAAAAUACUAGCUCGAGGAGAACAUCGGACCCCACCAUGUCAAAUAAGUCGCUGGCCUCGACGCCAGGCCUGGACGAGAUCGACGCGCCAUUCCCUUCAGACGACUUCGCCGAUAACGAUGAAUUCAGCUCUUCUCCUCCAUCCCCUGGCAAGCUAUCACGGACCGGUUCCUUCUCCAACAGCAGCUCGUACCAGGAAGAUUGGGAGUCCUUUCCACCCCUGGACAAGUUGACUAUUUUCGACCUACUUGAUAAUUUCCAGCUCUCACAACGCUUGGAGAAAUGGCAGCAAACCAUCGCUACACAGAAGGAGAAGGUGCGCAGGCAGCGUGAGAAGAUCAAGUCCUCCUCGUUAAACGCCAAGGAUCGUAUGGUGGACGAGUGGAAGCGCCGGGCUCCGACCGCUGAUGAGAAGUUGGAGAAAUAUCGUUACCGGAUGAAGCAGGGUGUCGAGCGACUAGGCAAGCAAUGGAACCAGACGGCAACCGUGACUCUGAGAGAGAAGAUGGCUUUUAUCGCUGGUGUCCUCAAUAUCUUCAUCAGCGGCUACCUGAUUGGUGCAUGCCCAGAGUACUUCUAUAUCUGGUUCAGCGGCCAGCUGGCAUAUUUCAUGCCCAUCCGCUACUUCACAUACCAUGCCAAGGGCUACCACUACUUCCUGGCUGAUCUUUGCUACUUUGUCAAUAUGCUCUGCAUGCUGAGCAUCUGGGUCUUCCCCAACUCGAAACGACUUUUCAUUAGCACCUUCUGUUUGACAUUCGGAAACAAUGCCGCUGCAAUUGCCAUGUGGCGAAACUCGAUGGUCUUCCACAGCAUGGAUAAGGUUGUCAGUCUCUUCAUUCAUAUCAUGCCACCAGUUACUUUGCACUGUAUUGUACACCUGACCCCGGUUGGAAUACUCAAAGAGCGUUUCCCCGCUGUUCACAGCAUCAAGUUCAGUCAACCCGGGGACCCCGAACAUUAUGGCCUUGGUGCAAUGAUCCUGUGGUCCACGGCCCCCUAUUUGGUCUGGCAGCUCAUGUAUCACUUUUUGAUUACUGUGCGUCGUCGUGAGAAAAUUGCAGCGGGUCGCCCGACUAGCUUCACCUGGCUCCGCAAGUCAUAUUCCAAGACUUGGAUUGGGCGAUUCGUGUUGAGUCUGCCUGAAGCGCUACAGGAGCCAUGCUUUAUGUUCAUACAGUACGCUUUUGCUUUGUCCACGAUGAUUCCCUGCCCGAUCUGGUUUUGGUCUAAAUGGGCCAGUGCUACGUUCAUGUCGGCGUUGUUUGUCUGGAGCAUCCACAAUGGAGCAACCUACUACAUUGAUGUCUUCGGCAAACGCUUCCAGAAGGAGCUGGAGCAGCUCAAGACCGAUGUCGCACGUUGGCAGAGCUCACCCGAAGGAACAGCAACUCCUCCACUGGUUCCCGAGCCCAGCCCUCUCAGUGAAGCCAUUAAGGAGCACAGUGAAGAGAAGCGAUCGAGUGUUGAUCAAAUUCCCUUGCUCGAUACUGCCAAUGGGUCCUCUACCGCUCUCAUGGAAGAUCAUCUGGAGAACGAUUCUACAGUUCGGGAACGAAGUUAA